AUGGGCGCGCCCACCCGCGGCGGCAGCACGCCCGCGGAGCGCCGAGCCGCGAAGCAGCGCGCGCGGAGGGAGCGCAAGAGCAACGCGUCGCCCGCGACGGCGGCGGCGCGCGGGGGCGCGCCGUCGUCGUCGUCGAAAAAGAAAAAGGUGCCGAGUGACGACGACGACGACGAGCGCGACGACGAGAAGAAGCGCGCGCGCGUCGACCCGCCGCGCGACGCCGUCGCGACGGCCUCGGACGACGACGCCUCGGACGACGACGACGCGCGCGCCGGAUCUCGUCGUUCUCCCGCGGGGCCCGCGGCCGCCGUCGUGCCUCGGACGGGCGCGUUCGGUUCGUACGGACGAAGCGACGGAGGCAUGAGCGUCGAGGACGACGAGUGGGCGACGUCCGCGCGCACCUGGCGCGCGCUCGCGCCGCACCUCAGCGCGUACAUCGCGAAGAAAGUCUGGGCGCCGUUCUACUACGACGGCACCGCGGGGAUUCGCAUGCGAGAGGCUGGGUUCCGUCGCGUCGUGCACACGAAGGAUGACUUUUUUAAACGCGUCAACGACCGCGCGUUCGUGAAGUCUCUCGCCGCGGUGAUCGAUAACCCGCCGUACACGGGGAAGGGCGUGAAAGAGCGCGUGAUCGCGGCGUUAGUGCGCGCGGACGUGCCCUUCUGUCUGUUGCUGCCCAUCGGGGUGCUGCACGCGCAGGAGCUGCUCGACGCGGACAAAGUCCAGACGUUGAUUCCGCGGCGGUGCCGCGUGAACAAGGCUGGCGGGAGAGAGAUCCCGUUCAAGUACCUCGUGUGGCUGUGUUACAAGAUGGAGUUGGAGAGGGACUUGGUCUUGAUGCCGGACGAGUGA